GUAUUGUCCUCCGUACCUUUCGCAUCGCUCCCGCUGGAUGCGACAGCGCGAGGAGAUCCUCAAGAGGCUGCCACAGCAGCUUGUGUACACCACGACUAGAGUGGCAUAUGCUGCACGUGACGGACAAGAAAUUAAGCCUUCCGCUGGGACCCGACGACCGGAGCUGAAGAGUCAUUUUCCUGAUUUUUCCCUCCGUCAGCGUCAGUGUUGCGAACAGUGAAUAAUUCAUAAGUGGGCAGAAGUGGCCAAAGAAAAACACACACACAAAAAAUAAUUAAAACUCACUCCUCAACAGUGACCGAAAAGCCGGAAGUGGUGUGAAUUGCCUCGAGAGUUUCACCUCUGCCACUGCAUCCGCAAAAGAGGUGAACAAGGCAGAGAAAGAGAGCGUUUGGCACAGUAGAAAAAAAAAACAGAACCAGAGACAGCUCAACUCACCUUUUGAGGAUGAUGUGAGAAAUUUAAUAAUGUUUUAGUGAAGUUGUCGGCAAAAAGACUCCGUCUCAACAAUGAUAAGGAAGAAGAAAUAUCUCUUCAUAUUCUAUUGGGCAAUUCUAUCAGACGUGAUACUUAAUGUGUUUUGCUUAAAAGACUUAAAAAUAUUUGUACCAGAUGCCGUCAUAGUGGGGAAUGCCGUUACUCUUUCAUGUCAGUAUGACUUGGAAAAGGCAUCACUUUAUGCUGUGCGAUGGUAUUUCGAGAAGGAGGAAUUCUACAGCUACGUCCCAAAGGAAUCGCCACCGGAAAGAGUGUUUCCCGUGUCUGGAAUAUCUGUUGAUCUCAACAUGUCAGAUAAACAUUCAGUGACACUGCGAAGUGUCACGCGUGAUUUAACGGGUCAAUUCGAGUGCGAAGUCUCCGAAGAUGCACCGCUCUUCCACACAGCCAUGAAGAGUGCAAAGAUGAUGGUGAUUGAGCUACCCAAGGAGGAGCCAAUAAUGCAAAUUGAUAAGAAAACUGUGGCGCCGAGUGGAAAUUUUAAAGCAGCCUGCUCCAUCGGGGUGUCUUUUCCACCUGCCAAUAUCACAUGGUACAUGAAUGGAAGACGAAUAUACAAAACUUCAUCCCAACGAAUAACGUAUCGUGCAUAUGAGAGUUCUGGCACAUUUUCCACAUUAGAAAUUUAUCCUCAUAGUCAAGUGUUGCAAGCAAUAUUCAAAUCAAAUCCACAAUUUCAACACGUCACGGUUGUGAGUCUCCUGUGCGAAGUCUCCAUUCUCAACGUGUAUCACAAGAGUGUGCAGGAGAAGAUUGCCAUAACAACCAAGUCUAUGACCACCAUUUCACCUAAUCUGCUGGGCCUGGAGGCGCCGCGACAUCCUCGAGAUCCCGACAAUUCUCCGCUCACUGGACACGAUUUCAAAUUGAAGCCCCCAGUUUGUCUCUUCCUCCUUGCGCUCUUGCUGCAUCACCUCCUUGCAUUAUGAUAUGUUUAAAAGUGUUGUAGCUGAUCGUAACCAUACAACUAAUGAUCUUAACGAUUUUGAAUACACUCUCUUGUAUGGUUAUAGAAUGAUGAUGUGACAGAAUUUGACACCUCAUCCCAGAACUAUUGAAUUUCAAUCCACUUUUGUUGGAUAUAAUUAAAUUUGUAUAUGAAAUACAAAUAUUCGAGUCUUGUGGUCGCUGUUGAAACACAUCAGAUUACAGAGAUAUAUUCAAAUAGAAGACAAUUUUUCCUUUAAAUAUUCAAGCGAUUGGUGGCAAAUGAGAAAAAGGACACUCUUCCUGAGACAUGAGAUGGCGUGGAGAGUGGGAGAUCAUGAUGAAUUCUUCUACCCACUUCGCCCAAUUGAGUUGAUAAGGAGUGGAAGAAGAGGAAAAAAAACGAGAAGAAAUCCAUCAAAUCUCAAUUUGCCAUUUUUUUUUGAUAAAUUGCGACAAAUUAAAUCACACAGAGAAAAGAAUCAAAUUUUGUAGCGGAGGAAGAGAAAGAUACUGGUAAAGUUGUAUAAUAUAUUUUUGUGGAUACGACAUCCAGUCCAAAAUUGAUCUUGUAUCUUGUAAAGGUGUGUUGAUAAAGAUGAUUUGAUAAAUUUUAGUAAAUGUAAAUACAGCAAGAGAUAUUCAAAAUACGUACUUAUAAUGUUAAUGGAAAAUAAAAUAAAGAAAAGAAAAAAAAUCCCAUUAUAAAUGAUAGAAGAAUUGUAGGCAAUAUGCUAAUGAUGAGCCGUGAGAGUAAAGUCAGACGAAUGUGAUACCAUCGUUGAAAUACUCACUCAGAAUUCUCCUUCGACGGUUAGAUUUGCGAUGCUGUGUAGUCGAGAAAUGUGUGUUGAGCUGAGAUGAGAAUCAAAGAGAAUCCCAUUUUAAUCUUAUGGUAAAAUUAAACUCAAUCAGGUGUAUAAUAUAAUUUGCCGUAUAGAGGAUGGCCUGGAGAGAUAACUUCAUUAUGGGCAUAAAGAUGAGAUGAAUUUGUGUACAUUUUUUGCCUAGUCCUUAAGCGAUGUGAGAUUAAGUAUAUAUUGUUGUCAUGAAGGUCGAGAGAAUGAUGAGAAUAUUACACUAUAUGAGAUUAUUAAAGAAUAAGUUGAAGGAAAAA